AUGACUUCGCUGAAGCGCUCAUAUGCGUCUACCUCGUCGACGACAACGCUGAGCAGCAAGACGUAUCUGCGAACACUGAAAUCGGGCAAAGUACAGAAAGUUGUACGCGAGCUAUACCUCCGACAGGACAUCCCGUGCUCAAGCCAGCUCUGCUCAGCAUGUAUCGACAUCGCCCCGACCGGCUUUCACGGAAAGACGGAGCCUUUCGUUCUCUCGCUUACCCCAGCUGGCACGAAGGACUUUCCGCAAGGCCACUAUUUGAUUCCUGAUACAAAUGCCUUUCUUACGGCAAUGGAUCUCUUCGAGGCGGACGACACAGUCAGAGAUGUCAUUGUCUUGCAGACUGUUCUGGAAGAGGUUAAGAACAGGUCUUUGCCACUUUAUCACCGCCUCAUCGCGUUGACCAAGAACGACGGCAAGAGAUUCUAUGUCUUCUUCAACGACUUCCGGCUUGAGACGUAUGUCACGAGAGAGGCUGGCGAGUCCAUCAAUGACCGAAACGAUCGUGCUGUCCGCAAGGCAUGUGCCUGGUACGCAAAGCAUCUCGAGCUAGCCGUGAAGGCAAGAAAGAGUGCACGAUGCCCAGCUAUCGUCAUGCUCACCGAUGACAAGGAGAAUACCCGAAAGUCAAAAGCAGAAGGCAUUGUUGCUGCAAACCUGCAUGACUACGUCUCUUCCUUGCCAGACGCAGAUCGACUGCUCGACAUGGUGGCGUCAAGUCGUGACCAGCGGGCGAGUCGAGAUGCAAGAGCAGAAUUGCUGUACCCGGACUACAUGUCUAUGUCAGCAAUGCUUACUGGCAUCAAAGCCGGCAACUUGCAUCAAGGCAUCUUCAAUGUUUCGCCAUAUAACUAUCUGGAGGGCACAGUACAUGUUCCAGCUUUCGACAAGUCACUGAUUAUACAGGGCCGCGAGAACAGCAAUCGAGCCGUUUCUGGCGAUAUCGUUGUGCUGGAGGUAUUACCGAAGGAUCAAUGGAAAGCCCCCUCUACAAAGGUCAUCGAGGAAGAAGAUGUCGGCAAGAAUGAGAACGCUGACAAUGAUGAAGAGUCUGCGGAAGGCAUCGUCACCGAGAAGGAGCGCAAAGCUUUGCGGGAAGAAGUCAAGCGUGCACACGGCAAGGUCGCAGAAGGCAAACCUCAGCCGACUGCUCGUGUGGUUGGUGCUGUGAAGCGCAACUGGCGGCAGUAUGUGGGUCACAUCGAUAAAGACUCUGUCAGAUCGGGUGCCAAGCAGAGUCGAGCACAGCAGACCGUCUUCCUAAUCCCGAUGGACAAACGCAUACCAAAGAUCAGAGUGCGCACUCGACAAGCCGGCGACUUGCUUGGAAAGCGUGUGCUAGUGACAAUCGAUUCAUGGGACCGCGAGUCAAGGUAUCCUGUUGGGCACUUCAUUCGCAGUCUCGGUGACCUCGAGACGAAGGGCGCAGAGACGGAAGCUCUGCUGCUGGAGUGGGACGUACAGUACAGACCGUUUCCCAAGUCCGUUCUUGACUGUCUGCCGUCCGAAGGUCACGACUGGAAAGUGCCCGCAGACACAUCAGAUCCAGGAUGGCGAGGUAGACGGGAUCUCAGGGAUCAGCUCAUCUGCUCCAUUGACCCGCCUGGCUGUGUCGAUAUCGAUGACGCCCUUCACGCGAAGCAGCUACCUAAUGGUAACUUUGAGGUGGGUGUCCACAUUGCCGAUGUAUCGCACUUCGUCAAGCCGAACAAUGCUAUGGACAAAGAAGCAUCACUACGUGGCACGACAGUCUACCUUGUGGACAAGCGCAUAGACAUGCUGCCGAUGUUGCUAGGAACAGACCUCUGCUCACUCAAGCCAUACGUCGAGAGGUAUGCUUUCAGUGUGCUGUGGGAACUUGAUCAGAAUGCCGACAUUGUCAACGCUUCCUUCACAAAGAGCGUCAUCAAGAGUCGCGAAGCAUUCAGCUAUGAACAAGCACAACUUCGCAUUGACGACAAGUCACAACAUGACGAUUUGACCAAAGGCAUGCGGCAUCUCAUGAUGCUGUCGAAGAAGCUCCGUGCGAAGCGUAUGGCUGCCGGCGCUCUCAACCUUGCCAGUCCAGAAGUCCGAGUCGAGACCGAAAGCGAGACAUCCGACCCGGUCGACGUAAAGACCAAACAACUACUCGAAACAAACCAGCUCGUCGAAGAGUUCAUGUUACUCGCCAACAUCUCAGUCGCCGGCAAGAACUACGCCGCAUUCCCUCAAACAGCACUCCUCCGACGCCACGCCGCGCCACCAAAGAACAACUUCGAAGAACUCAGCAACCAGCUCAAAGUCAAGAAGAACCUCGAGCUCCGCACAGACUCUUCGAAAGCCCUCGCAGACAGUCUCGAUACCUGCACGGACGCAGAAGAUCCUUUCUUCAACACCCUCGUCCGCAUCCUCGCCACGCGAUGUAUGAUGAGCGCCGAGUACUUCUGCAGCGGUACGCAAGCGUACCCCGAUUUCCGUCAUUACGGUCUCGCGUCAGAGAUCUACACGCAUUUCACCAGUCCCAUCAGACGAUAUGCAGACCUUGAAGCACACAGACAGCUCGCGGCAGCAAUCGAAUACGAACCCCUCGACCCCAGUCUCCAAUCACGAAGCAAGCUCGAGGGAGUAUGUAAGAACAUCAACGUUCGGCACCGCAACGCACAAAUGGCCGGUCGCGCUAGCGUAGAGUACUACGUCGGCCAGGCGCUGAAGGGAAGGGUCAUGGAGGAGGACGGCUUUAUCAUGAGGAUUUUCAGCAAUGGCUUCGUGGUGUUUGUGCCACGAUUUGGGAUUGAGGGUCUCAUUAGGCUGAAAGACUUGGCAAGCGAGGGCGAGAAAGAGCCAGAGGGUUUCUUUGAUGGUGAGGAUUACUCGCUGGAUAUCACAACUGAGAAGGGGAACAGGAAGGUCGAGCUGUUCGAGAAGGUCAAGGUCCGCAUCAGUGACGAGGCGGAGGAGAGUACAGGGAAGAGGAAGAUCAAGCUCAACUUGGUGUGA